UAACAGUCUGAGCCGUCCUAGGAAAAAUGAUUACAGAUUGUAAUGUUUUUAUUUUUAAGUAUCAAACCACACAUGCUGGGUUGCAGUGCUGUCUGUGAUGGAGGUGGGCAGAACUUAAAUUUCAUGAAGGAAGCUGAAGAUAAAGGAGAGUCAACAAAGUCAAGAGUCAACAACUGAACAACAUCAGAGCACCUCCCAUGUAUUGUAUAGAGUAAGUCUCUGUGGAACAACAGUGAGACGGCGUCAACGUUUAUUCGAUGAGGAUCAGGAUGAGCACUACCCCCUAUAAAAGACAAUAGCUACGUAGGAUGGAGCAAGUAGCCGAACAUGUUGCACAAGAACUUCUUGAGAUGAAUAGUCAAGCCAGACUAGCGAGUACUGCAGCUUACCUCAAAGAAUCCGAAGCUCAAGUAGAGAUACUUCAGCUUCAAGCUCAGACUGAUCAGCUGCAGAAAUCAACAAUCUUGUCUACACAAGACAGUAUCCAUGAUAGCCUUGCAACGCAGUUACUCAACAACAUGGCAAGGUUGCAGCAUGAACCUAAACAAUUGAUUCCAGAUCAGCCAUCGCAACAACAGAUCUCAAGGUCACCUUCAACCACAGUCCAUCAAACUUUGGGUUUUCAUGGGAACAACAGCAAUGUCACUUUUCAUGACAACAGAAACUCCAAUUUCAACAACGCACAUAAUGGUGACAUCAUGAACCCAGAUUUGAUAGAAACCAAUAAGAACCAACAGGAAGCAAACGGUCAAAAUGAUGAUGUAUUUGUUGAAGAUCCUCUCCCUACCUUGUUUUAUGUCACGACGCUGGAGGAAGCCAAUGAGGCUGUUCAUAAAUUUGAGAAAGAAACAGGAACCAAGUACACCUGUUAUAAAAACACUGCAGGAUUUGGAAAUACUGAAUACAAGGUGGAAAAACCUCACAAGAUUUACUUUGAAGAGAGGUCAGUGGACCUUUGUGGCUUUGGGAUUCCUUACGAUGGAAUUCCUUUUGUAAACAUCGGUAAGAAGGUGAUGGACUGUGAGUAUGGCAUUGACCGAUGUGUAGCAGCUAAACGGAAAUACAUGGAACGUCAUCUGUCAGAUGUAACAAUUAUAAGAAGACCGUUAGCUCAAGAGCGCACCAAGAAAAUAAAAUGUAAAGCCCAGAUCCGCAUGAAAGAAAUCUUCAAAUAUCCAGAAUUUAAGAUCUCCAUUGACACAUCCUCUAGGAAGAAGAAAGUCAAUUUGUCCAUAGCUCUAAGGGAAGCUCUCAAAAGUGGAUCAGUUAAGGGUGAAAAAAGAAUCUAUAUUCAGUUGCCGAGAAUAUCAGAUCACAAGAAUCAUCCGCUGGGAGAGGAUGCAGUCAAAGAGGUGAAAACAUCAUUGUCUGGGAAACAAGCAUUGAAAGAGGUGAAUGCACUAAGCUGGGAUCUCUUCAUUCAACAGUUUGGCAAUGUUGUUGAACAUGGACAAGUUGUUGCAUCUGCUGCCUGGGCUAAGAGACCCUUUGUUAACAUGAAGGCAUUGCAUAGAGCUUUCUGUGAAUACUUGGACUCAAUGACACAUGCAGGGAAAGAGGCCUUAAUCCGAUGUUACCCUAACCUAGAAUCCACCUCACCGAGAGUCUUAUCAUCUGAUACAUCUUGUGAGUUUCAUAAACUUGGACUCCAUUUACUAUCCGCUGAAGAAUCCUCACUACUGACGCAGCUAAACUCCAAAUAUAGACACAACUUUCACUUCCCAUUCAUUGUUUGUAUGCAAGAAUUGAAUAAAGAAAUGUUUUUCACCGAGUUACAAAAAAGGACGCAGAACUCCCGUGAGACUGAAGCACUGAAUGCUAUGAAGGAAAUCAAGAAAAUCGCAUGGCAUCGAAUACUCAAUCGAUUACGGAUAAAAACAUUUGCAGCUUCGCAGAAAUUGUGUGAGGUGAAGCAGAAUACUUAGGAAAGUUGAAUUUUUCUUGCCAGAACAGAAUACGAGAGUGGAUUGCCAAAGAGGACGAGAGUCAUGUGCCAGGGAAGGGGCAAUUAGUCCAGUCAGCAAGUGCCUCGCACACAUCUUUCCAGGAAAGAAAUUUUGUCAGUUUUUUAAAGUUAAAACUUGUGCCAAAGAUAUUUCAUUACAAACAUACAUUUUGUGACUGUUUGGUCGCAACAGUCAUUCCUAAUUUUGUACAAACCCUGGAUCCUCCUGUGCUUUUAAUUGGCAAAAUGAGAAGUAUUUUAAAACUAAUUAGGCUCUGCAUUCACCCAUUCUGUUAAAAAGUGAGUGCCCACAACAUAAAUAUUUGUUUUGAUCUUCCAAGUGCCUGAAUACUGUUCAAAGCAAUUUUUGAGUUUGAAAAGAGACUCUUCAGUUUUUAUAUGUCUGUAAAAUGCAAGAUCAUUGUUAUAGUUUGUCCUGAGAAUAAUCUCUGCUUAAUAUUGUCAUCAACCAAGCUGGGCCCAAUUUCAUAGAGCUGCUAAGCACUAAAAUCUGCUUAGCAUGAACUUUCUUCCUUGAUAAAAACAGGAUUACCAACAAAAUUUCUAUUUGAUGGAUAUUGCCUGUUGUUGGCUUAUCCUGAAAAUCACAUGGAAAUUUGGUUGGAAAACCUGUUUUUAUGACAUUAUGAAGGCAAAAAUUCCAGGCUUAGCAAAUUUUUGUGCUUAGCAGCUCUAUGAAAUUGGGGCCCUGGUAUGGCUGUCUGAAGUAUGAUAUGAUAUGAUAGCGGGAGUGGCCUUACCAUGUUUACUAUUACUUAUUCCCGCCUGUCAUAAUUAUCAAUCCUAAUUCUUGCGUUUAUCAUUCAUAUUUUUGGCCAAUUUCAUCAUACAAUUCUGCAAUUUCACCAUUUUGGUCAGCAAUUGUUUUCCUUUUUAUCUGUUUUGCAUUUACAUCACCUAAUUUGGGCAAUUUCGGUUUGAAAUAUUAGUUUCAGUUGUUGAAAUUUUGCGUUUACGUGUUACAUUCACAUGCAUUUCCUGUGUCCCAGGGAAAUCUGUCCGCACAAGAUUCUGUCUCGCAUUAUUGGAAACUUAACAGAGGCUGAAAGAGAAUGAUUCAAAAGAGGGCGCUGUCAGAAGAAGUUUGUACACAGUUAGCCGUAAUGGGGGGACAUGAUAUCCUACCCACAUGCACUUUGAUUAUUCCAUUCUGCAAUUCCAUAUAGGUUUUUUUUUUGUGAGCAAGUCUCGAAACCUAGCUUGUGGGCAAUUUCACCAAGUUCUUCCCAGUGUUGCAAUUCACUGUUCUACAGUUCACUGCUUACUAUAGGUUUUGUAAAGAUUCAGCGGUAGUACAACUUGCUCUUAAUUUGAUUGAAUGUCCAUACUAUUUUGUUAUUCAUUUCUGGUAGUUUCACAACUUAUAAUGUAAACCAGUUUCAAGAAACUACUGCGGGUAGGGUUUUAUCAAGAAACUACUGCGGGUAGGGUUUUAUCAAGUGUUAACAUCUAUUUUAUAUAAUAAUGAUAUAUUUGUGUCUUCAUAAAAUCCAUAAAUCACACUGCUUGUGCGAUAAUGGCGUAUCCGCUACGACUUUUCCCCGCUCAUUGUUGGCUACGACCCGGCUACGCUUGGUCAAAAUAAGCGAGAGAAUGCAGCUGCCCGACCUAGGAGAUCCCACUGGUGACUGGUAAAAAAUCUCUGCAAUUGAGUCCAUUUCAAGUUUUGAAUUCAUAAAUUAUUUUAUUAACAACUUACUUUAUCUGUAUUGCUUUUGAAGUUUAUUAAAAUGAUCAAUCCUGUUUCUAAAAAUUAUUAGGGUCAAAAUACAUACAAUUAGAAAAUAUUGAUCCUUAAAGACAAUGGACGUGUUUGGUAAUUGUCAAAGACCGGUCUUCUCACUUGGUGUAUCUC